AUGGAAUCCUCCAACACUAUCGAGAUGACUCAAUCCAAUGUCCAGAUCACCGAGAUCAAUCCCCCUGACCAUGAAAUUCUUCAACGCGAGUAUCCCAACGAAGAGGAGCUGCGAUCUCUUCGACGCAUAACUGGAAAGCUGCCCUUCGUCGUCUACACUAUUGCAUUUGUCGAGCUCUGCGAGCGCUUCAGCUACUAUGGAACUGCUUCCGUCUUUGUGAACUUUAUCCAGCGACCCCUUCCCAAAGGCUCGAUCACCGGUGCACUCGUCAGUGGAUCAUCUUCGAAUGGUGUACCUGGUGCACUGGGUAUGGGUCAGCGAGCAUCAACGGGCCUGACUUUGUUCAACCAAUUCUGGUCGUACAUUAUGCCUUUGGGCGGUGCCUACAUUGCUGAUCAGUACCUGGGUCGAUUUCAAACCAUCAUGGGAGCCAUCGCAGUGGCCCUCGUCGGACACACUAUCUUGGUCAUCUCUGCAAUUCCCAGGGUCAUUGCUAGCGGCCAUUCUAUCGCCUGCUUCACUAUUGGUCUGGUCAUCAUGGGAGUUGGCACUGGUGGCUUCAAAUCCAAUAUUUCACCCCUGAUCGCCGAACAGUAUCGCGAUGAUAUCGCUUACAUCCGAGUCCUGCCCAGUGGAGAGCGCGUUAUUGUUGAUCCUGCUGCCACAAUUGCUCGCAUCUACAUCUACUUCUACCUGAUGAUCAACAUUGGAUCCUUGAUCGGUCAGAUUAGUAUGGUGUACGCAGAGCGAUAUGUCGGUUUUUGGCUCUCGUUUAUGCUUCCCACUUUGAUGUUCUGUACCUGCCCGGCAGUCCUGUCCCUGUGCCGCAAACGUUACUACCGCGUCCCUCCUAACGGCUCUGUUUACUCGCAAACAUUCCGUCUGUGGAAGUUGGCCAUGACAGGCCGUUGGUCUCUGAAUCCCAUGCGACUUAUUAAGCGAAACUCACAGUCCCCCGAGUCUGACUUUUGGAACUCUGUCAAGCCUAGUCGACUGGGUGCGCAAAAGCCAAGCUGGAUGGACUUCGAUGAUGCGUGGGUGGACGAGAUUGCACGCGGGUUCAAAGCCUGCAAGGUAUUUCUGUGGUAUCCUCUCUUCUGGCUGUCUUACAACCAGAUGACGAACAAUCUCACUUCUCAAGCCGCUACUAUGCGUCUGGGCGGAGUCCCUAACGACAUUAUCAACAAUCUUAAUCCCUUCGCGCUGAUCAUCUUCAUCCCUAUCAUGGAUCGUUUCAUUUACCCGGGGUUGAGUCGUAUGGGGUUCCACUUCACCCCUCUAAAGCGCAUCACUGCCGGCUUCUUUGUGGCUGGAAUCUCGAUGGUCACUGCCGCAGUUCUCCAGUACUACAUCUACGCCAUGGGUCCCUGCGGAAAUCAAGCCAAUGAGUGUCUGGAGAAAGAAGGAAAGUACACUGAUAUAUCGGUCUGGGUCCAAACCUUGAUCUACGUGCUCGGAGGUAUCUCGGAGAUCUUCGCGUCGGUCACAUCCCUGGAAUAUGCAUUCACCAAGGCACCACACAACAUGCGAUCCCUUGUCCAGGCAGUUUCUCUCUUUAUGAAUGCUAUUUCAGCGGCACUUGGACAGGCACUCGUCAGCCUCUCUGACGAUCCACUUUUGGUCUGGAAUUACUGCAUCACGGCUAUUCUUGCGUUUGCUGGUGGUGUAGGCUUUUGGUGGUGCAAUUACAAGUUGGAUCGUGAGGAGGAUCACCUGAAUAUGCUCCCUCACAGCCACUAUGCCGGACACAAGAAGAGCGAUGAGGAGGCUAAGGUUGAGUCUUCUGAUGCUCAGGUGGAGACUAAGGAGCAGGUGGUGGGAUGA